AUGGAAGAACAAGACGUGCACUUCAGAUAUAUUUUAUUAUUUCGUUCUGGUGAUAUUUCACUGAAAAAUGCUCAACGAUCUGGCCGUCCAGUUGAAGUCGAUGAGGUCCAUAUUAAAGCCAUUAUCGAUUCAGAUCGUCAUAGUACAUCACGUGAUAUUGUGGAGAAGCUCAAUGUACCGCAUACAUGCACUGAAGAAAAAUUAAAAAUGCUUGGUUAUGCCAAGAAACUCGAUUUAUGGAUCCCUCAGCUUAAGUAA